UAAAAAUAAUGAUGGAAUCAAAACUCAAGUGAGGAGCUCAAGAUUGAAACCAGCAAGCUUCGUAUAUGUAUAGAGGAACCGCUAUUUAUAUUUGCGAAGAGCACUUCCAACCUAGUCAGAAGGAGCAUUUGGUUAAAAUUGGUAAUGUGGAUGGAGCCCAAGAAACACUUGAUGUAGUGAAGAAAUGUAUUAUAAAUUUUAAACUAGAGUUGGAACAAGAGGAAUAUCAGAAUAUUCAAGAAGAAUCAAAAGUGUUGGUGAAUAAUAUUCAAAGCAAGAUACCUGAGAUAUCCAAAGAGCUUGAUUCACCCAUAGAAAGUAAUCCGACAGAAAAGUAUGAAUCAAUUGAAUACCAAGUCAGAGCCAUUGUAACAGAAGUCAAGAGUAGCCAACCAUUUAGAAGUUUCUGCUUCAAAAACUACAUGAAUCUGAUGUGAGAUUAUCUUGAAAUCGACAGAAGCAAAAUUGCAAGAUUUAUCAGCAUCGAUAGUUUUGAAGGAGCUCAAGACUCAGAAAUCAGCAGGAUCAAAACUGAGCUUGAGGAGACCAAAUCAAAGUAUACACAGUUUAGGCAGAGAGCCAUAUCCAAAAUGGAAUGCUCAAAUAAAGAUGAUCUUAAAAAGAUUUACGAGAUUGUCACAAAUAAACAGAUUUUGGAAAAAUGGAACGAUCAAGUUGGGUUAGAUUGAAAAUCUAAACAAGAUGUUGAAUUCAUGGAAGCAAUCAAAUGUCAGAUUUUACCAAACCUGAAUGAUUUCAGAAUUGAUAAAAUAGAUUUGAACUUGCUUUUCGCCAAAGAGUUUAUAUUAUCUUCUUUUCCUCAGAAAGUGCUGAGAUUUCAUCUUAAUUGGGAAGGAGAAAUAAUAGAUAUUGAAUCGAUGAAUGAGAUCAUUAUGUACAUUAAUCUGAGGAUUGCUGAAGAGCUACAUCUUUAUAAUUUCCAAAUAGAUCAGUUUCAGUUGAAAAUAUUACUUCAAGCUGUUUGCAGAAAUAAAAUUUCUUUAGGUUUAAGUGAUUGAGCCUUAAAAUUUGACUCAGUUCCAAAUCUGCAGUAUUGAUUUGAAAGAUCCAAGAUAAAUUUUAUUUAUCUCAAUUACUGAGGAUCUCCUGAACGUUGUGAUUGGGGAAAUCAUCCAGAAAGGUUCUCCAACCUUAUUGAAGCACUUGGCCAGAGUGAAGAGAUGAAGCAGCAGUUAAAAACUAUAUAUUUAUCUGAGUGAAAGAUGCCCAAGGAGUCAGUGAGAGAGACAUUAGACAAGUUUUGAUUCGAUUCUGUAGAAAUUGGUAAUUAUUCUUUUUAA